ACGUGUGAAGACCUUUAGACUUGAACAUGUAUGGUCCUCCGGUGGAUCUGUCAUUUAAAGGCCUCGUCAGUGCUACAGAUGCACUGGUGGUGAACCCCCGAACUGGCUGUCGGCCUUUAUACAAAAACUUGGAGGGGAAGUACCGGAGCCGCUCUUUGCGUCUCAAUAACAACAGCCUUGCUGACCUCGCCAGCCUCGUCUACAUUUGUGAUCACUUUCUGGCUCAACCGUGGAAGAUCGGCUGGCUGGACUUGUCGUUUAACAAGAUCAUACACAUAGAACAGGUUGUGUGUGAGCUGCGGGAGCUGCGUGUGUUGUACCUACAUGGCAACUGCAUCUGGGAGCUGUCAGAGGUUGACAAGCUGCAGGAGCUGCAGCAUCUACACUCCAUCACGCUACAUGGAAAUGCCAUUGUAAAAGACAAAAUAUACAGGAAGCAUGUGCUUUUUACACUGCCUCAUUUGAAGAUGAUGGACUUCAGUGCUGUGACUCGCGAGGAGCGAGUCUUGGCAAAUGUUUGCCAUCCCCGCAGCAACCGUGGCAAAGUCACCAAGGAGAGUCUCCCAUGA